AUGAAGUUUGGAUCUACAAUCGCACUUGUGGCCAUGAGCCUCCUCAGCGCCGUUCGUGGUGAUGCUGUUCCGUGGGAGCGUCUUGACAAGAACAACUCCAUGCUCUUGAUUCUUGACCUACAAGUUGGACUUUACCAGCUCGCACGCGACUGGGAUGCCACUCUCUUUCGUGACAAUAUCAUGGCUCAUGCUGAGCUCGGCAAGAUCUUUGAUCUUCCUGUUGUCCUGACCACCUCCGCCGACCAAGGUCCCAAUGGUCCUCUCCCCAAGGAGAUGAUAGAGAUGUACCCUGAUGCACCUUUCAUUCACCGCCAGGGUGAGGUUAAUGCCUGGGACAACAAAGAAUUCCGUGACGCUAUCAAAGCCACUGGCAAGAAGCAAAUCAUCGUGGCAGGUAUCACUACCGACGUGUGCACCGCCUUCCUUGCUCUCUCUCUUCGUGCCGAGGGAUAUAGCGUCUUCGCCAACAUUGAGGGAUCUGGGACUACCACUGAGCUUAUCAGGGAUGCCUCAAACUCCCGCAUGGAGAAGGCUGGUGUGCAGAUGGUCUCUCUCUUCGCUAUUGUCUGUGAUCUCAUGCGCGAUUGGAGGGCCACUCCUGGCGCCAAAGAGAUCCUGCCUUAUCUUGACCGCUACAUGCCUGUCUAUGGCAUGCUCGCUCGAGGCCACGCUGCCGCUGUCAACAAUGGCACCCUGAUUGAUGGAGAAUCCCAAAUCGCCUUCUAG